GGUGGUGGCCCCAUGGCAAUCACCCCAGCUGGUCUGAUGGCCCCAUGGAGGUUGGUGGCCUGAUGGAGGUUGACGGCCCCAUCUGGGGUGCUGGCCCUGUGGCGGCUCAUGAUCACGUGCAGGAUGGUGGCCCCAUGGAGGGUGGUGGCCCCAUGGCGAUGACCCCAACUGGUCUGAUGGCCCUAGGGAGGUUGCUGGCCCCGUGGUGGCCCCACGGAGGGUGACAUCCCCGUCUGGGGUGGUGGCCCCAUGGAGGUUGACGGUCCUAUGGGGAGUUACGGCGCCGUGGAGGGUGCUGGCCCCAUGGAAGGUGACCUCAGCCCCAUGGGGGGGGUGGUGGCCGCCCCGUGGGGGUGACGUCCUGCCCGUGGCGACGUCCCCAGGGAGGGUGACGUCACCUCGGGGGUGUCAUCCCCGCGCCGGGGUGACGUCCUGGGUCCGAGGUGACAUCCCACCUGGAGUGACGCCCCCCCCUCCCCAGGCCGGGUGACAUCUGUGGUGACAUCACACAUCGAAAGUGACAUCACCAUCGAGAGGGACAUCGCGCCUCGAGCGGGACAAUCGCCAUCGAGAGGGACCUCACCGGGAAGAGGGACGUCGCCGGGGGGGCGGGGGAUGUCGCCGGGGGGGAGGCACAUGGCGUCUGGGGUGACACCCCCACCGGGACGACGACCCCACACGGGACGGGGGGGGUGGCCGGUCCCUGCCCGCCGCCGCCGCCGCCGCCACCGUGUCCCCCGUGUCCCCGCGGCCGCCAUUGCGCAUGCGCCGACCCGGCGCGCCCCGCCCACCGCGCCUGCGCCUCGCUCCCACCCAAACCCCGCCUCUCCGCGAGCGGGGGGGCGUGGCCUGGCGCGCUCUCAGCCUAUAGGAGACGUCCCCGUCUGUCCCCCCCCGCGGCAACGCCCCCGGAGACCACGCCCACACGAGACCACGCCCCCCCUCCCCUUCGGGAGGCCCCGCCCCCCGCGCCAUGCGGAAGGGAGCCGGUGGCUCCCGCCGCCUCCGGGCCGCGGGUUCGGGGCCCGGGUCCGGUCCGGUGGCGGUGCCGUUGCCGGGCCCGGGCCCCGGGUUCUGCCCGCGCUCUCGCCGCUGUCCCCGCUCGUUCCUGCCGCUCCUGGGGCUGGCGGUUGCCGUCGCCCUCCUCUACGUCGCCUGGCCCGGCGGGGAACGGGAUGCUGGCCCGCACCCCCCCGGCCCCCCCUCGGACCCGUCUCUCCGGGCGCUGCUGGAUCGGCUGGAUCCCACCCGGCUGCGGGACACCUUCCUGCGCCCCCUCCUGCGGGAACGGGUGCCGGGGGGGCCCGGCAGCCGCGCCGCCCGAGAGCACAUCGCGGGGUGUUUGGGUGCCCUGGGGGCCGCCUGGCACCUGGAGCUGGACGCCUUCGAAGCGGGGACCCCCCGGGGGCCGCUGACCUUCACCAACCUGGUGGCCACGCUGGCCCCCUCCGCCCCCCGCCGCCUGGUCCUGGCCUGUCACUACGACACCAAGGUGUUGCCCCCCCGGCCCGGGGGUGGCCGACGGAUCUUCGUGGGGGCCACCGAUUCGGCCGUGCCUUGCGCCAUCCUCCUGGAGCUGGCGGCCGCCCUCGACCGGCCCCUGCGGCGCGCCAAGGACAGGGGUGCGGAGGUGACGCUGCAGCUGCUGUUCCUGGACGGGGAGGAGGCCUUCGGGGAAUGGAGCGCCACCGACUCCCUCUACGGCGCCCGGCACCUGGCGGCACGCAUGGCCGCCACCCCCCACGGCACCCACGGCACCCACAUCACCGCCAUGAGCCUGCUGGUGCUGCUGGACCUGCUGGGCGCCCCCCACCCCGCCAUCCACAGCCACUUCCCCCGCACCCACCACUGGUUCCUGCGCCUCGUCGCCAUCGAGCAGCGCCUGCGGGGGCUGGGGCUGCUGCGCGCCCCCCCCCGGGACCAGCCCUUCUUCCGCCUCAGCCCGGCCCCGGGGCCCGUCGAGGACGACCAUGUCCCCUUCCUGCAGCGAGGUGUCCCCGUGCUGCACCUCAUCCCCACGCCCUUCCCCGCCGUGUGGCACACGCCGGGGGACACCGAGGACAACCUGGACCCCCCCACCGUGGAGGACCUGGCCAAGAUCCUGCUGGCCUUCGUGGCCGAGUUCCUGCAGCUCUGAGCCCCCCCCCCCCAC